AUGUCGGACAAUCCAAGCGACCAGCAGGAUGCCAAGUUGACAUCGAGCAUGCCCCCCACUGUUUGGAAGCCUGAAUUCCCAGAUGGGGGUUCACGAGCCUGGUCAGUCGCUGCAGGAGCUGCAGGACUGAUGUUCUGCGCCUUUGGAUAUGUGAAUAGCUUUGGCGUAUACCAGGAAUAUUAUUUGUUAAAUCAACUCUCGACGCGGCCGCCCGACGAUAUCUCAUGGAUAGGGUCACUACAGGUGUUUUUCCUAUUCUCAGGCACCUUAAUUGGUGGGCCGUUAUUUGAUCGCUAUGGAUCUGUGGUACUUUGGCCAAGUGCCCUUCUCUUUGUGUUCUCUGUUAUGAUGACCAGUCUCUGCAAAGAGUAUUAUCAAUUUCUGCUAGCCCAGGGCAUCCUGGAGGGCAUCACGUCCGGCAUGAUCAUGGCGCCCGGUCUGGCAGCCGUGAGCCACUACUUCUUCCACAACCGUGGCGCCGCGCUGGGACUCGCAGUGGGAGGGUCGUCUCUGGGUGGGGUGAUUUUCCCCAUUGCGUUGACGAAAAUGCUGAAUCAGCCUAGCCUGGGAUUUGGCUGGAGCGUUCGCAUUUGUGCAUUCCUGAUGCUCGGUAUACUACUGCCCUCAUGUGUAGCUGUACGGCCCCGUCUACCACCACGCAAAAAAGCCAUUGUUCUCUGGUCAGCCUUCCGAAGCCCUCUGUUUCUCAGCACAGUCCUCUCCAACUUCUUCCUGGUCAUGGGACUCUUCAUUCCCAUGUUCUACCUCCCCACCUACGCUAAGCAUGCACACGGCAUGCCGCAACAACUCUCUCUCUAUCUUGUCGCCAUGUUAAAUGGUGGCUCAUUUUUUGGUCGUAUCAUCUUGGGUAUGGCUGCUGAUCGAGUCCUGGGUCGUCUCAAUGUACUUGGAAUCUCUAGCCUGGCCACUGGUAUUAUGUGCUUCUGCUGGCCACGGGCCCAAUCGGUUGGGGCGAUUAUCGUGUUUUCCACCAUCUACGGCUUCACGUCAGGUGCGGUCGUCUCCAUGCUGUCGGCUUGUUUUGCCCAGAUUCCGAAGGAUCCUGGCGACAUUGGAACAUACAUUGGGAUGGGCAUGUUCUGUGUAGCCUUUGGGGCUUUGAUCGGAACACCCAUCAGCGGCGUCCUUGUGUCUCGAUCUGGCGGUUUCGAGACAGCGUCGAUAUUUAGUGGGGUGAUGACUACAGUCGGUAGCUUCAUGGUCCUGUUUGUGAAGGUUCUGUCAGGCAAGGGGAUGUGGUCUAAGUAUUGA